AAGUUAAUACAGACCAAUGCUUUUUUAACUACGCAAGUUUUAUGUGUAAAACACUAAUUUAUUAAUAUUUUCGUCCGUGGAGUUCAAAUAAAUCUUCCUCAUAUUUAUCCAUCUUAACUGCGUAAGUGUUCAGUAAACGAAAUACAUAUUUUUGUGGAAGUGACGAAGACUAAUCUAGGUGUAACAAUGGAAUUAAUUGUAAAUCUGAGGAGUUUUUGUUUGCGGCUUGUACUUUAUAAAUAACUACGAGGGCGUUUUAUUUGAACACUUGUUACAUGACCUUUUGUUAUCUAAUCGUCCAAGUUUUGCAUUUUUUAACUUUGAUUAAAGUGCAUGUUUGUGUUAACAAAGAAAAUCGCUCUGUUGUAAGAGCGUGGUAGUAAAAUCACGGGAUAAAAAUGUAUUUGCUUUUUGACGAGACUUUAGUGGCAUAAAGUGCACUGCAAAAGUAAGGAAUUUAAAGCAACGUUUAGAAUUUCGUUACUACGAAGUUAAAAUGUAGUGGAGAUUAUUCUCAAACUACCACCAAAAAUAAAAAAGUUUAGAAAAAUUUUGCUACAACAUAGGCGUCGAAUAAUUCGUUGAGUUAACAAAGAACAAAAAUGAAAUGACGUCAUACAUUUUUUGGAGGAAAGAAACCGACAAAUUUCGGUUUAUCACGUUUACGAUAAUUUUAAUGUAAACCUAAAAUUCCGAAAUAGUUGAUUUGGUUUGUUGGAAAUCAUUUAUCUGGAACAAUAGGUAGAAUACAGAAACGAAAAACUUGCAAUUUAUAUCCUGAGCUACACAAAUACAUAAAAGGUAUUUUUUCUACUGUCACACGUUGGCCACGUGUAUCUGGAAGAUAAAACCUUAACACCUGCUGUGAAGCUGUCAAAGGAAAAUAGCCAACAAUUUUAUGAUCGGGAAGACAUAGUUUAUCGAUACUAACCACACCGUAAAAUAAUAAGUGACGUUUAUUGUUACGUGAGGAGUAAAAUAAACGUUUAAUUAUUUAAAUGUUUUAUUGAAGCCUUUAGUUAAAGUUGUAACAAACAGUCGCUCAUACGUAUGUCAAAUUCUGGAUCUCGAAUUCAGUUUUUAUCAACUGAGAUGAAAAAUCUAAAUCUGCUGUGUCUGAUGCUGCUAAUAGGGUUCGGAGUGUGUCUAAUCAAUGAUUUCGAUACAGAAGAGAUUGAAAACCUCAUCAAAGAAAAAUGUGAGAACAAUGGUGCAGGCGAAGAGGCUUUCGAAGCAUUCAUGGACCAACAAUCGGAUCUCCCAACGUGCCUCGGAGACCACAUAAACGUGAAAAUAUUCCAAGAUGAACUCGAAGAAUCGAAAAAAAGAGGCGCCAUGGACGAAGUAUUCGGCAAGUAUUGUCGAAAAUAUCCCGAAAUCUACACCUGCAUAGAAGCCGUAACCGACAAACUAAAACCAUGCCUGGACUCAAAAGAGGAAGAAACUAUGAAUAAAACGCUCCAAAUCGUUGGUACUUUAAAGGACUUUAUUUGUCGCAACGAUGGCGACUUCCUUGCUUUGUUUAUAGCAGAACAUGGCGUUGAAUGUUUCAAGUCGCGGAAAGAGCAACUACAAGAGUGUGUUAAUAAGACUAUCGGGGCAAAAAAUCCCACAGACUUGUCAGUUAACAGUUUGUCUAUGUUUUUGAUCACUGACAAGGAGUGCAAUGAUUUCGACAAAGUCGGAAAAUGCAUUGUCAAAGAACUAGAAAUGUGCGAAAAUAGCACACCGGCGAACGUCGCCUGGUCGUUGUUUAGGUUUCUGAAGAACUAUAUGCCUUGUCGAAAAAACGUCAAAAGUUCUACAUCUGCCACCACUGUCACUUUGUUUGUUGUAGGGUUCUCGUUUCUCUUUUCUAAGUUCUUGUGAUGUAGGUUAAGGAGGUGUGCAUUUGGUUUAGUUUUAUUUAUUUGUGCGCUGAUUCUAUGGCUUUAGCCCAGUUUUGGUGGUGUGUGAUGAGUGCUUGCGUACAAUAGGUACUCUAGAUUGUUACAAAAAUGAUAAUAUAUUUUUAUAUGAGUUGUUGUAAUUAAUCGUAAUUGUAUAUUACGUGUCACAAAUGGCAGAAGUGGAACCAACGACUGAAGACUGGACCACAAACUUUUCAACUAUGCUCCAUAAACUUGAAAAUUGUGUAAAUUGAAUACUCGUUAUCGGCUUAUUAGUGACGUUAAUGCAAUUAGUUACAACAUUUGCGGCAGAAUUAUUUCGGGACGAAAUACAUUUGGUUCAAAAGAACUAUUACAUAGUUGGUUGUAGAUAUUUAAAAUUUACACUUUGAUAAUUAAUAAUAAAUAACAAUUAGGAUAAAGUAUUAUAAAAAUAUGUUUUUGAUACAAACUCUUGUAAGUUAACAUUACCAAAGAUAAAUUCCACCAACGUUGGUUAACUUUGCUUCAUGAAUAUACCAUAUAAUAAUAUUUUAACAGUACUGCAUAUACUUGGUUGAUAUUUUGUGGAAUAACGUUAACAAUCGUUGAUGAAACAAUGUAAAUAAACGUACUUAAAAGGGAGAGGUUUGAGUUUGCUCUUAGACAAAAAUAAUAAUUUUCUUUAGUAUAAUAUUUCACGGACAAUUAAACAAUUAAAAAAUACUGAUGGUAGAUAAUAAAUCCCCGUACAUAAUAGACUUAGCUUUGUCACUUUGUAUUUUUUACAUUAUCUGAAAAAUAGAAACAUUUAUUAUAACAA